GUAUUUGAAACUGCGCAUGUGCAGAUUUAUGGGUAUAUUCGGUUGCCAAUUCGGUUUUUCCGUUAAAUAAAGCAUUUGCCGCUUAUUCGAAAACUUAAUUUUUUUGUCGGAAGGGAUAUGGAUGCUAUUGGUCAAAAGAGUCAGGAACUGCUCGAACUAAUAAACGACCUACCCAUGUCAGAAGCAAAACGUUUCAAUUGUUUAAAGAGUGCUGUAUUACGAUCACCGUGUAUGGACAAAGGCUACGACGAGAGUGGUAAGAGGAAAACUUUAGAGAAUGCUAUAGAAAAACCUGACUCAACAAAAAAACUAAAAAAAGAAAUAACUAUAGUAUUAGUUGAUAAGAAAUCGAGAAAAAUAUCAAAAGAACCGAAAUAUGCAAAUAAAGUUAUUGAAGGAAAAGAGCGAAAAUGUACAGUUGGUAGACCAAGUAUGUAUAAAGAAUUGGACGUUGGAACAUUUUGGAAAAAGCAUUAUAAUUAUGAAGAAGAAAUAGUCGAGAGUCUGUUAAUGUACAACAAAUCUUUAGAAGUAUUUCACGAGUUUGGUCAUUUUCCGUGUAUGAUUUGCAACGAAGUUUUAAGCGGAAAGACAGAUCUCUUUGAACAUACAAUAAAAAAUCACUAUGAUAAAAAGCUGCAAUUAGUUGAAUGUAAUCAAUGCAGUGCAAAAUUAAAGUGUUCAAAAAAAGACUCAAACCUUUCUAGGACUUUUGCAUUGGAAUGUUUUCUAUCAAAGGUGUAUAUGCAUUUUGCUACUGUUCACCUUUCUCAAGUUCCUAAUUCUGUUAGUGUACUUACUUGCGGUCUCUGUUCUUACCGAACACUGAUAAGAGAUAUGUGGUACGAUCAUCUCAGAACUAAACACUCCAUAAAGCCGAAAAUCAUUAAUAUAAGAAGGUGUUCAGAGAGAACUAUAAUUCUCUUGCAUCAUUUACAGCAGAUUCUGCUCGAGCCAGUAAAAAUAAGCGACUGUUCAUGGGAAGACUUUCUACGAGUAAGUGAUGAAAAAAAUGAACUAAGGAACGUUAUGUCAAUAUGCACACUAUGUAGGUCAAAUUGGAAGGAUAGUGAAGAAAACUAUCCAGAACAUUUACUAAGCCAUGUUCUAAAAGAACAUUCGAUGAAAAUUCGAUUAAAUAAUUGCGAAGAAGAACAGACAAUUUUAAGUUGUCCGUGCUGCGAUACUUCCUUUUUGUUAAGUGAAUCCAACACUAACGAAGUAUGGCGAUAUCUUAUAGAACAUACAGUAACAAAUCAUGGACAAAAUGUACCAGCUUGUUUCAAUGUAUUUUUUUGUUUGGAUUGUAGUUUUUUUACAUUAUUCAUCACCAAAUUUAUAGAACACUUUGACUCAUCGCACGAAGGAAAGAAUAAUAAAGCAACGAUUCAUGUUUGUCCAACUGAUAUCUACAUAGUAUAUUUACUUAUUGUUGAUGCUGAUUUACCUAAAUUUCAACAUAAUGUUGCAAUAGAACAACCCCAGAAGAAUCAAGUUCAAAUAGAGUACGAGGACUUGUAUAAGGAGGACUUUAAAGCGGAUGUUAUUCUUGUGGAAUCUUUUAUUAACAACCUAGAUAUAUAUCAAUGUAUAUUCUGUACUACUAAUUGCGCAUCGUUAGAUGAUUUGUUUGAUCAUUUUAAUCAAUUUCAUAUUCUUGAAAAUUUCCAAGUGCAAUGUCCCUGUGAUUCACAGUGUAUGUGCGUUGGAAACGCCACCACGAAUAGUAGUGAAAUGUUGGAGAACGUUAUAGAACACUGUCUAAGAGAACAUACAAACUUUGAGGCUCCUUGUUAUGUUAAAUUAUUUGGAUGCGAGGAGUGCGAUUUCAAGACAAUUUAUGAAAAAUUUCUAUACAUGCACCUAAAAGAUCAACACAAUUUGGUGUCUGAUGAUGAUGAUAAAGAUAUGAAGGUUCAUGAUAUGUCAGAUGAUUAUAAUCAACCGAGGAAAAAUAGUACAAGAAAGAGUAGAAAAGUUAUGAAUACGAAUUCAUCAAAAAUUCAAACAUUUCAAGUUCGGAAUAAGUACGAAUGCUAUAUAUGUGAAAUGUAUAUUGCGGCAAACAAAUCCCAAUCAAAUUCAUCUGUCCACGUUGCUGAUACUUCUAAUUCACUUUUACAACACUGGUGGAACAAUCAUUGUACAAAAAGGAAAGAAAAUGUUGUAAUGAAUUGUUGUAGAUGUGAUAAAGAAUUCAGUGCCAAAGCUUGUUACAAAUCGCCAACGGCAAAAGCUAAAACCGUGGGAUUGAAACUAAUUCAGCAUUAUGUUAGAGAGCAUAAAACUAAUCCACCCAAAUAUCUAACAAUUUAUCGUUGUGAAAUAUGCGAAGAAGAUCACAUUUUACGAACAUCUUUUUACGAUCAUUAUCGAAAUAAACAUAGUAAAAUACCAGACGAUCUCAUUUUAAAGUCUGAUCCUGUAACUGGACAGGAUAUUAUUACUUUAUACGUUGCUGACUCAUCCAGCGUUGGAGCGAAGAAUUCUCGUCCAUUAACCUUUGAUCAGUUUGAGAUUAAAGUAGGUGAAGAGGAAAGAAUCUGCGAAAAAUACAGGCCCCUCCGAUCGAUCAAGGAGCUUUUCCUAUCAAUUGAACUAUACAAAUGCUUUCUGUGUGAAAAUGAACUAGAUUGCUUACAAUCUCUCAUAUCGCACUUGAAACAGAAACAUGUUACCGAAGGACCUAGCAGAUCAAAAGGAUCAGAUAUUGGAUUAAAAUGCCUAUUUUGUAAGAAAUUUGUAACUUUUGACAAGAAUAUGCAAUCUACCCGAGGUGUUCAAGUAAUAAGUCUACAAUUACUUCAUCAUAUGAUAUUUUCCCAUUCAUCAGGAGUUCCAGAAUAUGUAAAAUUCUUUCAGUGUAAUCAAUGCGAUUAUUAUAGUGUCUCACCUGAAGUUGUCAGACACCAUGAAUAUAGUCAUUCACUAAGUAAAGUACAAGUUGUAUGCGAAUUUUGCAAUUCUCUAGUUAAAAAGAGUUCUAUAGUGCUUCAUCGUUGCCAUUGCGAACGGAAGAUGAAAAAGAAAAGUCUGGUUUUAACAGAGGAGACUUGUUCACAGUGUAAAUCAAAAUUUAAUUCGCAAGAAGCGCUUAGUAUGCACUGGAGGAGGAGGCAUGGCAAUUCAUCGUUAAAACAUAAAUGUGAAGUCUGUGAUAAAAGUUAUUAUUCAAAGAAGCAACUUGAGUUGCAUAUGUUUAACCAACACGCGCUAAAUCCUAACAACCAAACACUACAUGAAUGUAAAGAAUGCAAUUAUAAAUCGAUAAGCUUGAUGGCCAUGAAGAAGCAUAUUUGGAAGCAUGACAUAGGCAAUUACGUCUGCAGCAUUUGCAGCAAAACUUGUCAGACUUUAGGUGCUCUAAUUUCUCAUGAGACUUUGCGUCAUAAUAUCGAGCACAGUUGCUGCAAAUGUGAUUUAAAGAGUACAAGUGCCCUAGUAAUCGCUCAGCAUUAUAUGACCAAACAUCAAAUUAAACUUCAAUGCGAAGAAUGCUCAACAGAAUUACCAACAAGUCACUAUUUCAAGUGCCACAUGAAUGUCCAACAUGAUAAGAACGAGAUUUUGACACCUCCCUCUACCCCUCCUCCCACAGGUGGAAUAGGCUUUGAAUUCGUUGUCGAUGAAACAAAUGGUGCAGAAAUUGAAGAUUUUGAAGAAGCUAAACAAAUUUAUAUACAAAGCGCUGAACCUAAUCAAGAGUAUGUUGUCCAACAAGCAGCGAGUUCUUAUCACGUUCGUGUCGAUGAGCACGGAACGCAAUUUAUAUCUAAAAUGAAUGAAGAAAAAACACAGGAAUCACAGGAAGAUCAAUUAGUUUUUAUGGAAUGAAAAGAAAACUUUACUAAUUAGUUGGUUUAUUUUUGUUAAUAUUAUAAGUAUUUGUCAAAGGGAAAAAAAAAAGACUGCCUCAAGGUGUUUGUUACUUUAAUAGCAAACAAACAAUACUUAGAACCUUAGAGUUCAAAAAAAGAUAAAUAUAUAGAAACCUGUAUUAUGAAGAAGAUUGAAUAAAAUUUGUUAUUAAGAGAA